AGAUUCCACUGACACAGUUCACGAUGCCCACAUGCUCACAAAAUUGUGUACAUGCACAAGCUCUACACGUUGUUGAACUCCUGAAUACUAAGAAACAUGCCACCGGCAAUCUCUUCAAAAUUGAAGUCUGCUUCUAAAGUAGUAGGACACCGACGCUAUCUGCAAACCCAUGCAAUUAUCCGCAACCGAUGCUCCCUUCUCAAAACACCUUUACGCACAGCACUUUUCUUCCCUGGUCAUGGGGUUCAGCGUGUGGGAAUGGCAAGUCCCUGGGCCGAUAUGUUUCCGAGGAUAUUCAACAAAUUGAUGGACGAUGUGGAUAAAACAUUGGGAUACCCAUUAUCACAAAUCAUGCGCCAGGGCCCGAACUGGGAGCUGAAUAAGACCGAAAACUCACAACCCGCCAUAAUGGCCACAUCCAUUUUGAUACUCCGAAUACUAGAAGAGGAAUUCGGGUUCAGUUCACAUACACUUGCGGAUGUUACACUUGGUCAUAGCCUGGGGGAAUUUACUGCCCUAGUUGCUGGGGGGUUCCUCGAGUUUGGCGACGCGCUGAGAUUAGUCAGACGCCGCGCAGAGAUCAUGUCUCAGUGCACAAAAGAAGUUUCUGAAAGAACAGGAGAUGAACAUGGCAUGAUAGCUCUUGUAUGCGAGCCUGAUCGCCUGCCGGAGUUGUUGGAAACCAUCCAUGAUUUUCUUGGCCUUGCGCACCCAGCAUCGAAAGACGAUACGGGUUACAAGGCCCUCGCAUUUCAGGAGGUCAUGAUUGCGAAUGUUAAUUCCAAUAAUCAAAUCGUACUUAGCGGCAAUAUUCCGAAAAUCAGAACCCUGAUAGUCCAGCUUCGUCAAUUCGGGGGCCACGAUCCACGCGCGGUGAAGUUAAAAUGCGAGAGUCCGUUUCACAACCCUAUCAUGGCACCGGCUGCUGACUAUAUGCGACAUGCCCUUGAGCAUGUUGACAUCAGAUUUCCAACCAGAAUGCAAUGUGUAUCAAAUGUUUCAGGUUUGCCAUUCACUUCAAGAGAGGAAUUGAAGACCCUCCUUUCCCGACAGUGCGUUGAAACUGUCAGGUGGUGGGAUAGCAUUCGAUAUCUAGAUCAGGAGCACGGUGUGACACGUUGGAUCGGUAUCGGCCCAGGGAAAGUUGGCCAGAAUCUGGUCGGUAAAGGAGUAGGUAAGGUCAUGGUCAGGGGAGGCGGUGUCUGGUCCAUUUGCAAUCCUCAGGAGCUUCAGGAUAUUCUAAGUGACUUGCAGAGACUGGUGACUAAAAACUAGGGCAAGCUGGCUCUAGUUCUCCCCUCUUGUCAUCGCGCAGAAAACCAUACUCUAUGGUUGUGGCUUAUCUUAGCCUUGGGCCCUUUUAGCAAGCUUGCGUCUCCCCUCACCGGGAGGCUAUGAGCUAAUACUGGGCAUGGCCUGGGCAUGCUUAGACUCGAAACCUUUAGCUUCCACUCACUAGUGACUUUUAAGUAACGGGU